AUGGAUGAAGAUGAAAACAAACAUAUAGGGCUUGACCUUGAAGGCGAGCACCAUGAUCAACUAUCUACGGCAUCCGAGCAUAAGGAGAAUGUUGAUGGCCCUAUUAGUGUCGAAAAUAGAGAAGGCAAUCUUGUUGUUGAUCCAUAUAUCGGAAUGGAGUUCUCUACUCAUGAGGAAGGUUAUAAUUUUUACAAUGCAUAUGCCAGACUUAAGGGAUUUGGUAUUCGCAAGGGUCAUACAGCACGGUCGAGAAAGAAAGAUGCAAUCAUAUCUAGAACCUUUGUAUGUGACAAAGAAGGCUUUAAAUUUUUAAAAGAUAAAAGAGAAGAUGGUCGGAAUGUAAUUCGAAAGUCCGAUACAAGAUGUGGAUGCAACGCAAGGAUGGUUAUUGGACUUGAUAGAAGUACUGGAAAAUGGGUGGUUUUAGACGUUGCUCAUGGAAAUGAACAAGGCUCUCUCACACCACAAGAAUGCCAAGGUCAUCUAAGAAUUAAACGAAGAAACAAUGUCGGCCAUGAGUGCGUGAACAUAGUUCGUCAAUUUCAAGAGAAAAAGGUAUCUGACCCUCAAUUUUACUUUGCACUAGAUUUAGAAAAUGAUGGGACGAUGAGAAGUGUUUUUUGGAUGGAUGGUAGGGCAAGGACUUCUUACUUGCAGUUUGGAGACGUUGUUUGUUUUGAUGUUACAUAUAGAACAAAUAAUUUAAAAUUGCCGUUUGCACCAUUUACGGGUGUUAACCAUCACCGACAAUCUAUUCUAUUUGGGUGUGCACUAUUGGCCGAUGAAAUGGAGGAGACAUUUAUAUGGUUAUUUACCCAAUGGCUGAAAUGUAUGUCAGGUAUAGCACCAUUAACAAUCAUCACUGAUCAAGAUAAAGCUAUUUGUGGUACAAUUCACAAAGUUUUUCCUCAAACUCGACAUCGUUUUUGUUCUUGGCACCUUCAUAGGAAUGCAUUACAAAAUUUUCAAUCAAUGCGUUAUGAUUUUGGUGAUGAAGUUUCUAUAAAGUAUUACAAAUGGUAUUGGAGUAAAUCAGAAGAAAAAUUUGAAAAGCGCUGGGAAGAAAUGAGGGAUAAAUAUGGUACAGAUAAAAGGAGCUGGUUAGUUAAUUUAUACAAUCAUCGAGAUCAUUGGGCUCCUGUAUAUCUUAAAGAUACUUUUACUGCAGGAAUGACAUCUACUCAGCGGAGUGAGGGAAUUAAUGCUUUUUUUGAUCACUUUGUUAAUUCCAAUACCGAGUUACAUGAUUUUGUUAAGCAAUAUGAUAAUGCUGUCAGAGCUCGACGAGCGGCCGAACUUGAGCAAGAUUUUAAGUCCACAAACACAAUUCCUACAUUGAUAAUUGAUCAUCCAAUUGAAAAACAAGCUAGGGAGAAUUAUACAAAGAAUAUGUUUACUAUCUUUCAGAAAGAACUCAAGGAUAGUUACUCAAUGCUUCAUGAGAGGUUGUCGAAGGAUGGCGCAAGUGUUACUUAUGCCGUUUGGAAUAUAGAUAGGGAGGCUGGAAGCAAGAAGGUAGAAAAGCAUCAUGUUGUCUUCGAUGCAUCCAAAGAAAAAAGAAUUAAGUGUUCUUGUGCAAGAUUUGAGAUGGAAGGUAUAUUAUGCAAACAUAGUUUGCACAUUUUAAUAAAGAAGCAAGUAUUAGAAAUUCCAUCAAGAUAUAUUAUGCAACGAUGGACAAUUAAUGCAAGACAUGUUGGGUUUGGAGUUGUUAGAAAUUGCAUUACAAAUAGUAAAGACCAACUCUCUAUCAUUAAACAUUGGGCUAUUAGGAGUAGAUGUAACAAGGCACUAGAAGACACAUUGACUUCAAGUAUACUUCAUGAUAAGUUUAGUGCUCUUUUAGACUCUUUUUUUGAAGAAGUUGAGAAUUACAAUAAAGAGAAGGAACAUAACGAUGAUGGAAAUGAGAGCAAUGCCAGCAACAAGAUGCCUACUUCAUCCAUACCCAUCUCUAUAGAGGAAGCAACUCAAAUUACUAUUUGUGAUCCAGAUAAGCCCGUUGCCAUGAAGGGACGGCCAACUCAGGCUACUAGAAUUAAGUCCGGAAUGGAAAUAUCACAAGAAAAGAGUAUAAAAAAGCAAAGAUUUUGUGGAUUUUGUAAGGGAAAAGGACAUUAUAUAACAAGUUGUCCUUUAGCUAAGGUGAAAAAUGUUGCAGGUGGAGGUCGAGAAAUUUAA